AUGGUGAAAAAUUAUUUAUUAGAAAUUUCCACUGAAAUGCUGUCACAAAACAUAAUUGAAGAUACAUUUGGGCCAUGUAUUUUAGAAACAUCAUUAUCAAGUGGUGUUGUUUUGGCUCCAUUAAAUGAGCAAGUAAAUGCUUUAAACGAUUUGAUUCUUCAAAAGUUCCCAGGAGAAACAAUUAUUUGCACAAGUCAUGAUACAGCAACUGCUUGUGACAGAGAUGAGAGUGAGAAUGAAAGCAUAAUGCUUCAUUUUCAGCCUGAAUACUUGGCAAAAAUUAACAUUACAAGUUUGCCUUUACAUAAACUCAAGCUUAAGAUCGGAGCAGUUGUAAUGCUUGUCAGGAACCUUUUUGUUGCUGCUGGUUUAUGUAAUGGAACUAGGUUAAUUGUGCAAAAAAUGAUGAAAAACGUUCUAUUUUAUACAGUUAUGAUGGGUGAUAAAAAGGGUAAUUCUGUAGUAAUCCCAAGAAUUACUCUCAAUACAAGAGAUUGA